AUGACUAAACUCUCUCAUGUUAGAUUGAAUUUCAAGGAAUUCAAUCAGAAGCUGCCUUUGAUAAAACAAAACGUCCUAAAUAGGAACGCUUCUAGAUAUGCUAACCCAGAAUUGGUCAAUCAUUUGCAUGAAGAGUAUAAAAAGAAGAGAUUUGAGAUUGAUCUGCUCAGAAAAAGAAGAAACGAGCAUUCAUCAGCUUUAAAGCAGCUAUUAGUUAUCGAGGAUGAUAGAAAACGCGAAGAAUAAAUAACAUCUCAUCACAAAAUUGGAAAGUCAUUUAAGACUGAUCUUUAAAACUAUGAGAAAGAUUUUGAGUCGCUGGAGCUUUAGCUUAUAACUGAAGCUUUGAAACUACCAAAUAAAACUCAUCCUGAUAGCCCUAUAGGUCCAGAAGCCAAUAAUGUAGAAUUGAGGAAAAAUAGUGAGAAAUUUAAGUCUAAAAAUAAUAAAUCGCAUUUAGAAAUUGGAGAAAUGUUUGAUCUGUUUGAUUUUUAAAAUGCCUCGAAACUUACAGGAAAUAAGUUUGUUUUCCUGAAAAAUGAGGCUGCUAUUAUGGAGUUAGCUCUCAUAAACUAUGCUUUUAACUUCGUUGCCAAAAAGCCUGGAUUCACUCCAAUAACCACUCCUGAUUUCGCAAGAGUUCAUGUAUUGGAAGCUUGUGGUUUCCAACCUAGAGAUGAAGCUGGUCAGGUGUAUUUCCUCGAUAAUUUAAGUGAAUGCUUGAUUGGGACAAGUGAGAUUCCAAUGGCUGGGAUGCACAGUGGAGAACUAUUGAGAAAAGAAGCAUUACCAGCAAAGUAUGUUGCAUAUAGUCACUGCUUCAGAAAAGAAGCUGGCAGAGGUGAAUCAUCUAGAGGUUUAUAUAGAUUGCAUUAAUUCUCUAAAGUUGAAAUGUUUGGAAUAACAGAAGGUGAUUAUGAAAAAAGUGAAUCUCUGUUAAAUGAGUUCAUAUCAAUCUAAGAGGAAAUAUUUACUAAUUUAGGCCUUCACUACAGACUGCUUGAUAUGGCUACUGAAGAGUUAGGAGCAGCAGCUUUUAGAAAAUAUGAUAUUGAAGCAUGGAUGCCUUCUAGAUAAGACUUUGGUGAGAUAAGUUCAGCUUCAAACUGCACAACUUAUCAAUCAAAAAGACUUAACAUUUCCUAUUUUGACAAUGGAACAGAUAAGAAAUUAGCUCAUACUGUCAAUGCUACAGCUCUUGCAGUUCCUAGAAUUAUCAUGGCAAUCUUGGAGAACAACUGGAAUGAGGAAUUGAAAACUGAGGGAAACUUUAACUUACUGCAAGAUUAUGCCUAUGGUAUAUUCAAUACCAUUAUAUACCAUCGAGCACUUGGCCAUAACAACCCAGUCGAGUAAAAAUGCUAAUUACUUGACUAAUUCUAUAUGAAAUGCGGAGAUUCUUAGCUUGAAAGGCAAAUUAGUACACGCAUAGACUCAAUGCUUGAGAAUAUUACGAAGAAUAAAGUUGAUGAGAUUUCUCUGAUGUUUUACAAUUAGAUUCAGAGUAGCCCUGGAGGUAUUUUCAGUGCCCCUGUGACUAAAAAUGAGCCUUGGGAGAUUUGGAUUGUGCCUUUCAAGUUUAUUGACAUAAGUGAUGGACAUAUUAAUUUGGAAGAGCAGAGCGAAAAUUUCGCCAAGAUAAUCAUGGAUGUAAUAGACAAGAUGUAAAAAAAGCUGGGGGUUCUUAAGCCAAAAGUGGAACCUCUUCUUUUCUUGGAUUGGGAGGUUUGCUUAAGAAAUUAACCAAUUGAAUUAUAAGAUUAGUUAGUUGAUAUUGAUAGAUAUAAUUAUACUUAACAAUUUAAAAUGGAAUAAACAAAAACAAAAGCUCAUCCCUUAUAAGGAGUUCUUGAUAAGGAUGGAAGAGCAGUGCUUGUCCCUAGUGUGACAACAGAUGCUAUUGCAAUAAGACCUAAAGCAGAUGGAUCUGGCGAUCAUGACAUCCUUUUGAUAACAAGAGGUUAGCCUCCUCAUAAGGGAAGUUUAGCAUACCCUGGUGGCUUUGUAGAUUACAACGAAGACCCUCUAGUAUGUUGUUUGAGAGAACUUGAGGAAGAAUGUGGAAUUAAGGGAAAUAAUCCGGUACUUGUUACUGUUGAAGGAGCUCCAGGAAGAGAUCCCAGAAAGCAUAUUAUUUCAAUAUUCUACAAAGUAGAUGUGGAUUUUAAUGCAGAGCCUAAAGCUGGAGAUGAUGCAGCUACUGCUUAAUGGUAUGAUCUUAAGGAUAUUUGGAAUAGAAGAUCAGAGUUAGCAGAAUUUAUCAUCGUCAACUUUAACUAAGUAAUCUACCUCAUCAUUUCAUAGUAUUUCUAGGGGAACAUAGGUAAAGCUUUAUAUUUUGGCACUACACAUAUAUUAUUGGUGAUUCUUUUGGAGUGGUCAGUCUUUGCAUGCUGUUUCAGUGAUCCUGGUUAUACAGUAGAAGUACAGUAAGAAAAUAAAGAUAUCGUUGAAGUUCGCUAAAUCAAUAUUGAUCAAGAACAGAAUAAUCAGAAUUCAAAUCAAAACUUAUUAGCUAGUCCAGAAGACAACAAAGAUAUGCUAGUUUAUGCGAAACAACCACUUUUGAGUUAAAAUCAGAGAGACCAUAAUCAAAAUACAAAUAUUGAUUUGGAGGCAGGCACCGAGAAACUAAUAAUCAAAGUGAAUCUCAAAGAAGCUAAGCUACUAAGUGGAAGGAAGAAGUUUCAAACAACAGAGGAAAAGAAAUAAUAUGAGAUAAACUAGCUCACCAAUUACAGAUAUUGCGAUGUUUGCAAAGAACUCAAGCCACCAAGAACUCAUCAUUGUUCAAUCUGCAGCUAAUGUGUGAUGAGAAUGGAUCACCACUGCCCUUGGGUGGGAAAUUGCGUCGGACUUAAAAACCACAAAUACUUUAUUUUAUUCCUCCUCUACACGGCUAUAGCUGCUAUGCAAGUAUUUUUGACCCUGCUUUUUAACAAUCCCUAAGAAUUUACAUUGGUAUAGCACAUCUCCAAUAUGCAAAGAGAUAAUGGAAUUAUACUUGCUUUUAUAUUUUCCAUUUCAUUCUCGAUCUCAACACUUUUCAUGUUCCUUUUCCAUGUGUUCUUGAUUGUUAGGAAUUCUUCUACAGUUGAAAUGGAAGCACUCGCAAAUUUCAAUAUAUUUGAUAGAGGGAAUAAGGCUAAUUGGGCUUAGGUAUUUGGAGAAGAUUGGAGGUAUUGGUGGAUCCCAUUAGAACCUAAAAGAACUACCGAUGGCUUAAGCUACCCAAUCAAUCAUAGAAUGAUUUAUUGGAAUCAAUGA